AUGAAAGAGUUGGCUGACUUUCUUCUCUGUGCUGGCUUAACAAUGGAUAUCGAUGUGUUUAGUGGUUGGGAGAGAUCGAGAUUUGAAGAUGAAACCCUAAUGCCACCUGGGUUUAGGUUUCAUCCAACUGAUGAAGAGCUCAUCACUUACUAUCUCCUCAAGAAGGUUCUCGACUCCAAUUUCUCCUGUGCAGCCAUCUCCCAAGUUGAUCUCAACAAGUCUGAGCCUUGGGAGCUUCCUGAGAAAGCGAAAAUGGGGGAGAAAGAGUGGUACUUCUUCACGCUAAGAGAUCGGAAAUACCCAACGGGACUGAGAACGAACAGAGCAACAGAAGCUGGUUACUGGAAAGCCACUGGUAAAGACAGAGAGAUCAAAAGCUCAAAGACAAACUCGCUUCUCGGGAUGAAGAAAACUCUCGUCUUUUACAAAGGAAGAGCUCCUAAAGGAGAAAAAAGCUGCUGGGUCAUGCAUGAGUAUCGCCUCGACGGAAAAUUCUCUUACCAUUACAUCACUUCCUCCGCUAAGGAUGAAUGGGUUCUCUGUAAAGUUUGCCUGAAAAGUAGCGUAGUCAGUAGAGAGACGAAGUUGAUCUCUUCUAACUCUUCCGUCGCCGGAGAAUUCUCCUCCGGUAUCAAUUGCUCCUCGUCCGCCGGAUCUGUGAUUGCUCCGAUCAUCGACGCCUUUGCGACGGAGCACGUGUCCUGUUUCUCCAAUAACUCCGCUGUUGCUCAAGCCGAUUCGGGCUUUUCUACGUAUCUUACCGCCCCGCCACCGUCACUGCCACCUCAGCCACGUCGACUCGCUGAUGACGUGGCGUUUGGUCAGUUCAUGGAUCCACAGGGAGCUCCUGGACAUUUUAACAUCGACGCAUCGUUCUUCCCGAAUCUGCCUUCACUGCCUCCAACGGUUCUUCCACCUCCUCCUCAGUCUCUCGCUCUGUACGGCGGCUCCGCCAUGAGUUGCUGGCCGUUUGCUAUUACUAGUUCUUUUGCCGACUGCCACGUGCUGAUGCGUCGGGUUUUAAAAGGCGUCGUCAUCAAUCGAAAAAAAAAAAUCGGCAUGGAAGACGUUAACCAGUUGUUCGAUUCUGCUUUCGAGUUCGCACACCAUCCAGGAGCUCAAAGCGAGUCCUCGGUUCAGGAAUUCCUCGAUCGCUUCCCUCUUCCCGUUAUUUUCAAUGCUUUGCAAACCGAUCCGGAUAUCCCAGGCUUUGAAAACACACUGGUGACUUGCUUGGAAAGAGUUUUUAAGACUAAGUAUGGAGCCUCACUCAUUCCUCAGUAUAUGCCUGUUCUCCAAGCUGGCCUCAAGGCAGAUUCUGCAGUAGUGAAAUCUCUGGCUUGCAAAACUGUCACUUGUCUCUUGGAGAAUCGCGAUGCAACCGAUGUUUCCCCUGUUCAGCUAGUUGUUAGCAAUGGCAUAUACCCUCUUCUGCUCGACUAUAUCAUAAAAAGCGAUGAUGAAGUGGCACAUACUGCAAGUGAGACUAUUAAGAGCCUAGCACGCUUUCCAGAUGCUAUGCCGGUAAUAUUCCCUACUGAUACCAACGAUGCUACGCACCUUGGUAACCUUGCUGCAAGGAGUUCAUCGCUGGCACGAGUCCGGAUUCUGGCUUUGAUAGUGAAGCUUUUUUCGAUUUCUCCGCAUGUGGCUUCAGCAAUUAAGAACUCAGGGCUUCUUGAUUUGCUGGAGGCCGAAAUGAAGGGUACAAAAGACACUCUUGUGAUCUUAAAUGUUCUAGAACUCUACUAUGAGUUAAUGGAAGUGGAGCACAGUUCAGAGUUCGUGCCACAGACCUCACUUAUUCAGCUGUUGUGUUCUAUCAUCAGUGGUACAUCCGUGGAUCUCUUUCUGAAGUUAAGAGCAAUGAUGAUAAGUGGCAGGCUCCUCUCGAGGGACAGUAUCUACAAUAACGUGGAAGACGCUAGUGUGAUGGCGUUAAUUUCUGCUAUUGAUGGGAGUCUUGAGUCACCGGAUAUGAAUGAUACAGAUGCACAGGAAGCUGCGCUUGAUGCACUUGGUCAGAUUGGAUCAACAACGAAGGGAGCGAAUCUAGUCCUUUCAACUUCACCUCCAGCUGCAAGACACGUUGUAGCUUCUGCGUUUGACCGUAAUGCACAUGGAAAACAGUUGGCUGCACUUCACGCACUGGCAUACAUUGCAGGUGAAACACGGCCUAAGAGCAGCAGAGUAGUUGAUGGAAAAGCUGAAGAAAGCCUCAGAUGUUUAAUAUAUGAUGUUGCAGCACAGAGCACCAAACUAACCCCAUCCGGCUUGUUCCUUUCAGUUCUGCAACAAAGCUCAGAAAUUCGUCUCGCGGGCUAUAGAACAUUAGCAGCGUUGGCGGCUCGGUCAUGGGGACUGAUGGAAAUCUUGUCCAAAGAAGAGAUAAUAAACAUUGUGACGGAUGCAACCACUGAAACUGCAAAAAUAGCAAUGGAAGCAAGGUACAACUGCUGCAAAUCAAUUCACGAAGCGUUCUUGUGUAGUAACUUCGUUGAUGACCCUCGUCGUCUAAAAACUGGUGAAAAGUUGCAAGAAGCUGUUCGAAGUGGACCGUUUAUGUCGAAGAAGUACAGAGACGCACGACCAGAAGUAAUGAUGGCCGAAGGAUUCUAGAUGACUUAACACUACUAGAAAAAAAGUGAAAAACUUGUUCGUUGACCAUAGUUAUUCCAUCUUUCUCUGUUUGUUCGAUAACUAAACUUUAGCCCUUUCUUCUAAACAGUAGUUCAAAACGGGUUGAGACAAUGUGUUUUUUACACAUUUUUUGUGUUGAAUGUUAAAUGAAGAAGAAAGAAUUGUGGGUUGGGCCGUUUCUCAUCGUUUUUGAUGGCCCAUGAGGAUCCAAAAACACAAUGGGUAAAUUGGUUGUUAAAUCAAACAAGCAAGGGUAAAAUGGUAAUUAAUGUUGAAGACAUCAUAUCUUCUAUAUGGAUAACACAGGUCCGAAAUGGAGGAGCCAUUACUCUACUUACAGAGCACAGAGGAGAAUCGUGUAGAUAAUCCAUGGCGACGAUAGUGCAGUGUCUUUCUACCUGUGCGACCCUCGAUUCCAAGUUCAAAGCCCUUUCGCUUAAGGGAAUUUCUUCUUCUUUAUCUUCGUCUUCGUCAUCAGCAACAUCCUCGUCUUCUUCCUUCUCCACUCGUCGUGGUUCGUCGGCUACUCUACGCUCCUCCCUCAGCUUCUCUCAGAGCGUUUCACUAUGUGUCGCCUUCUCCUCCGGAAAUUUGUGGGUACAGAAGCCAACGAGGCAAUUGAUUGUGUGUGAGGCUGCUCCGACGAAGAAAGCUGAUUCAGCUGCAAAGAGAGCUCGCCAAGCCGAGAAGAGGCGCGUUUACAACAAAUCCAAGAAAUCUGAAGCCCGUACACGAAUGAAGAAGGUCUUGGAAGCACUCGAAGGGCUCAAGAAAAAAGCAGAUGCGCAACCCGACGAGAUUGUAUCCGUGGAGAAACUGAUAGGAGAGGCUUAUUCUGCAAUCGACAAGGCGGUGAAGGUGAGAGCACUUCACAAGAACACUGGUGCGCGUAGGAAGUCUCGGUUGGCUCGGAGGAAAAAGUCCGUUGAGAUCCACCACGGCUGGUACGUCCCUGACUCAGCCACACCAGCAGCAGAAGAAGCUGUGACCAUGGCUGCGUAAGAACAUGUGAUCAUGGAAAUUUGUUUUCUUUGUUAUGACAUCAUAUGGAAGUUAUUGUGAAAAUUUGUUCUCAAGGAUCAAAUCUUUUUCUUCAUGUAUAAUUCCGUCGCUUUCAGACUCUUCUUUUGUACUGUUGGGUCUAAGCUUUUUGUCUUCUUCUUUUGGCUUCGCCUUGGUCUGGUUCAAUAACGUCACAUCGUUGGGCGAACAACUACCACUUUUAUGUUCCAUCUCUUACACUAGCUCCCAAACUUUCUCUGUCCUCCUUGUCUUGCAGAGAUGCUUCAAAAGCGAGUUAUAGGUGACAACAUUCGGAGAGCAACCUUUCACACCCAUCUCCUUGAACACUUGACGAGCCUCUGGGAUUCUCUCCUUGAAACACAAUGCAUCAUUGACGUUAUUGCAGAUUUUGACAUCCGGGUUUCUUCCGGUUUCCCACAUUGCUCUGUAUAGUUCCAUGGCCUUUCCCAGUUUCCCCUUCUUCGUCACUGCAUUGAUCAUUGUCCCGUAGCUGACAACAUCUGGCCUGCAUUUAGAACCAUUGAUGUCUUUCCAAAUUCUCUUGGCUCAUUUUUUUCUGAUAUGUUUCUCACUUGUUUAGCUUCGAGAGGACAUUACGAGCGGUAUUGAUGUAUAUAUAGGGUGUCGAGUCUUUUGUAAACUGGUGAAGUAUAAACCAGUGUGUAUAGAGUCGGUUAAGUAUUGGUUUGAGGCUCUGGUUUAGGCCUAGUCAAUCUUCAUAUAAACCCUCAAUUGUACAUUUUGAUUAAUUAAUUAAAUGAUAUUUUAU